AUGACUACUUUCACCAAGUUGGGGGACCAAGACACCUCUGUCAUCUCCGUUCAUCCUUCGCGUCGGAUCUCGAAGAUUAAUCCCAACAUCUAUGCUGGUUUUACUGAGCAUAUGGGCCGAUGCAUCUAUGGAGGCAUCUACGAGCCGGGAAGUCCACUUUCCGAUGAGAACGGUUUCCGGAAGGAUGUAUUGGAGGCCCUGAAGGACCUCAACAUCCCUGUUGUUCGGUAUCCCGGUGGUAACUUCUGUGCUACCUACCACUGGCUCGACGGAGUUGGCCCGAAGGACCAACGGCCAUCGCGACCGGAGCUUGCAUGGCUGGGAACUGAGACUAACCAGUUCGGAACGGAUGAGUUCAUGAAAUGGUGCGAGGUGAUCGGCACGGAACCAUAUCUGUGCUUCAAUUUCGGAACCGGUACCCUGGACGAAGCACUUGCCUGGGUUGAGUACUGCAACGGUACUGGGAAUACAUACUACGCGAACCUUCGCCGAAAGAAUGGCCGCGAGGAGCCAUACAACGUCAAAUACUGGGCCCUUGGAAAUGAGACAUGGGGUCCCUGGCAAGUUGAGCAAAUGACGAAGGAAGCAUAUGCCCACAAGGCACUGCAAUGGGCCAAGGCUCUCAAACUCUUGGACCCCAGCCUGAUUCUCAUUCUCUGCGGUCAAGAUGGUACCGCAACAUGGGACUACUACACUCUCAAGCACUGCCUGCUGCCGGCCCACUCAGCCCUUUCAACCAGCGCAGUUCCAUUAAUCGACAUGCACAGUAUCCACCUUUACACCUGCUCUAAUGACCACCUGCCCAACGCAACUGCGCCUUUAGCUGCAGAACGAGCUAUCGAGAUCACCUCAGGCCUGAUCGACCUGGCCCGUAUCGAAAAUGGCGUUCCGCCAGAGCAGCUCCGUCCAACUAUCUGCUUUGAUGAAUGGAACGUGUGGGACCCCAUUCGCGCAGAGGGGAGCCAGGGUGCUGAAGAAAGCUAUACGCUCUCCGAUGCGCUGGCUGUGGCCGUCUGGUUGAACGUCUUCGUGCGAAAGAGUCGCGAUCUCGGCAUGGCUUGCAUCGCCCAGAGCGUCAAUGUGAUUUCGCCGCUCAUGACGACGAAGGAGGGUAUUAUCAAGCAGACUACUUGGUGGCCGCUGUAUUUGUUUUCGAAGUUCAUGCGCGGCUGGACCGUUGCGUCGCAUGUUUCUUGCGGUACCUAUGAGGGUGAGACCUCGCCGAAGUGGUUGAGGAGUGCGAUGGAGACUCCUUGGUUGGAUGUGAGUGCUGCGAUUGGUGAGGAUGGCUUUGCGAAUCUGGCGGUCGUGAACAUUCAUGAGCAGAAGGACUUCGAAAGUAAGGUCGAUGGAGUGGUUGGUGAUGUUGUUGUCUACACUGUUACUGGUGAGGGUAUUGCGGCUACUAAUAUGAAGGGCCGGGAGGAGGUUGCUAUUAAAGAAUCCAGUUGGGAUGGAAAGGGGUCUUAUGUUUUCCCCAAGCUUUCGGUUACUUUGCUGAGAUGGAAGGCAGAGUGA